ACUAAAUUGUUUAUUGUAUGUCAAAUUGUUUCAGUUCAAUUAUUUUUAUUUCUUUUACCUAUCCAUCCAUCCUGAAUUGGGCUUUCAUAAAUUUUUCGUGUUGUUUCCAUUUCAUAAUCGAGGAAACCAUUAAAUUAUGGGUGAUGUGGUCCAUUAAGAGCCAAUCAGAACAUUAGAAAUUAUCGUAAAUUUCAAAGAUCAAGGCGAAAGGUGGGGAUGAAAAAUUGAGGCCUCUAAAAUUUCAAUUGAUGUUAUUGUUAAGUGAAUAAACAAAUUGUCCGCUUAACCCCGCCACACCAUAUCCCCAUUGCACGUUACUGCGAAGUAUAGUUAUCCUUUGUCCGCCUUCUCCUGCAGUCCUGCUGAACGAAUAGAAUAAUACAAAUUGCAAAACGAGCAGUCAGCAGCAAGUAGUUAUUGGAGUGUCGCGCGCAUAUAACGUACAAUUGACAAGCGAGUGCGCAUAUCGUCCGACAAAACCCAACAAAACCGAUUAGUCGUUAUUUUCUUACGAACGCGUGUGUGUGCCACUCUGUUUUGAAACUGUGUUCAGUGAGAAAUUCUGUCCGCUCUCUGUUUGCGCCGAAUGACAUUUCGAUUUUAACUCCACAAGCAAAAUGGCUGCCGAUUCGGGAAUGGAUACAUGCCCCUCGCCUGAGAUCGCCGAUUCCAGAAAAAGACCUCUGGAUGGGGAUGCCGAGAACGGAGACACUAAGCGCUCCCACUUUAGUUCAGAUGGAGGAUCUGAUGAGGAAAAAUACGUUCAAGGUGAGGAUUCCUCGUGUAACUUAAUAGAUAAAUCAAGGGGAGAUGGUACCUUCCACUUCAAAGUUUUGGUUCCCAGUGUCGCAGCCGGCGCCAUUAUUGGAAAGGGAGGUGAAACUAUUGCACAACUACAGAAAGAAACUGGAGCUAGAGUUAAGAUGUCGAAAUCACACGAUUACUAUCCAGGUACAACGGAGCGAGUGUGUCUGAUAACGGGCAGCGUGGAAGCAAUUAUGAACGCCCUUGACUUCAUAAUGAAUAAAAUCAGAGAAAAACCGGAUUUGGCCAAAAACAUGGGCGACUCAGAAAACAAGAUGCACGAACGUGAGAGGCACGUUAAGAUUUUAGUGCCAAAUUCUACGGCUGGUAUGAUAAUAGGCAAGGCGGGGAACUACAUCAAACAGAUCAAAGAAUCCAGCGGGUCGUAUGUACAGAUAUCGCAGAAAUCCAAAGAUAUUAGUUUGCAAGAGAGAUGUAUUACAGUAAUCGGAGAAAAGGAACAGAACAAACAAGCCUGCAUGAUGAUUAUGAGUAAGAUAGUAGAAGACCCUCAGAGUGGCACGUGUUUAAACGUAUCCUACGCCGAUAUCAACGGUCCAGUUGCCAAUUUUAACCCUACCGGUUCACCCUUCGCCAACCAACACUCUCCCAACGCUUUCAACGCUUCCACAACGAGUCUUAAUGGCGGCUUAAGUACUGCCGUUUCACAGGGUCUCCUGCUCAAUGGCGGACUUAACCUCAGUCUCAAUUUGAGCACUGCAGGACAGAAUAUUUCGAAUGUAACUGCGCAGUUAUUGGAUCAUAUCAAGAUGCAAUUGAGGACAUCCGGUCUGGCCGAUUCCCAAAUCGUUGAAAUUUGUGCUGCACUUGCCGUUCUGGCCAAAUAUGGAGUCAUAUCCGUUGGAUUAGGAAUUGGUCAAGCCCAUCCAGGAACCUUGCCAAAUUAUUUGAGUGUUAUGGAAGGAGCUGCGCCAAAUCCAGGUGCAGGAGUUUUUGGAGCUAUUGGUCAGGUUAGCUUAGGAGAUUGUCUAGCUGCCAAUCCUGCUGCACCACGAUCUAGUUUAGAAAGAUACGAAUCUGCGUUCGACCCUUUUCGGCAUCAGGCCUCAGCUGCUACGGCGCCUAUUUCUUUAAAUAAUAAUAGUUUCGGUUUGGGAACGGGUCAGCAGAUGACUGUACUGAGUAAAAGUCCUACUCCUGCAGAUUUAGGUGGCCCUAAAGAUUCGAAAAAUGUUGAAAUUGCAGAAGUCAUCGUAGGAGCAAUUCUUGGACCCGGUGGCAGAUCGUUGGUAGAAAUUCAACAGAUAAGCGGUGCAAGCAUCCAAAUAUCAAAGAAAGGCAUAUUCGCCCCUGGUACCCGCAACCGUAUCGUGACCAUCACAGGAAACCCGCAUUCCAUCAACACUGCUCAAUAUCUAAUCGAACAGCGCAUAAGCGAAGAAGAAAUAAAAAGGGCACGUAACAACGGCUUAGGACAACUCGCAAUCCAGUGAUCAAUGCCUGAAGAGGGCGUUAGUAUAAAUAGUGUUACAACAUGUACAAACAACAGAAGUCCGCAGAAUGAGGAUAAACCUAUCGAAAAGGGACUAUCUUGGUGCGAGGAGUAGGUUGUUUGGGAUGGGCCGGAACGUUAGGGCAAUUUAAAUGCUAGAAAUCUAUUAUUUACAUCUUGUGUUACCUAAAAAACUUCUAUUAUUUAGUAUAUAGAUCCUACUUUGACAGGAGUUGACAGUUGACAGCUUGUUGGACAGUUGACAGCUUGACGUGAGCUGUCAAUCUGUCUUUCUAUCUAUUAAAAUACAUAUAUCUUCCAAAUGAGAUGCUAUAUGAUUUCAGCUUCUGAAUUUAAGUUGCCCUAAUAAUUGCCAUUUUUGUUAAAAAUUAUAUGUCUAUUUUAAUGGUAAAACUACCAUUGUGUCCUGUUACCGUACUAUAUAAUUUGACUGGGUCUUUCGCGGGUGUUUUACUGUUGUGAUACCGUUUCCUUUACACUCCAAACAUCACCUGUUCCAAGCUUGCAUCAAUGUUAAAUCUAAAAAUGUAUGCCAUAACCUAAAAAGACCCGUCUAUGUGUAUUGUAUUGUUUGUUUAUAAACUGUACGUCGUACAGUCUAAUAUAUUUGUUUGUAUUUUAUUUUUUGAAAAAUUGAAAUAUAACAUGUUAUUGAUAUGUAAUUUUUACGUGUUUUAAAGGAAUUUAAAGUUUAUUUUUUCAAAGGACCAAUUCUAAGUCAGUUUUGUUUAUAUGUAUAUUUUUGUUGGAAUUGUUACUAAAAGAGUUUUAUAUUUUCUGCAAAGUUUAAAUAAGCCAAUCGUUAGGUCUAGCUUUUUGAAACAUUUUCGGAAGAAAUUUAAAAUUGGAUUUAGGCCAGUCAGUUCCAGAUGUGGGUUCACGUUAAAUACUCUGUAAUUAUAGAUAGGACUUUCAAAUUUUUGGUGGAAUAUUUGGAACAUCAUCUUAUAUUAAGAUGGCUAUAUAGAUUGUGAAGUCAAUAUAACUGUUUUCUGCAAAUUUUGGAAUGGUUGUUAAUGAGAAAUAUGACUUAAUUAUGAUUUGGUUUUUAAUUUUGAAUCAGUAACUAUAUGCAGCCCCAAAACAAGAAAACUGCAUAUUUUAUAAAUUAUUUUAUAUCGUCAAUAUCGGCAUUUUAUUCAACUUUUCAACUUCGAAAUAAUAAUCAUCCAAUACAUGGGAAAUAGAAGGAAGAACAAAAAGGCUUUGGUGGGAGAUGUUAGACAAGAAAUGUCUAUGAAGGGGAUUAAUAUUGAUAUCACCAAGAUAAAAGUCUAAAUGUAACAAAGAAAAUAGAGAUAAAGAGAAUAAUCACUUUGUCUAAAAUUCUUAUUCUGCAUUCAACUCUCCUGUUAUUGUUCUUUUCAUUGUUUUGAUAUGCAGUAUAAAAGACCUCGACAUUUUAAUAAAAAAACUUAUGCUUUUGUAUUAUUAACAAUGGCAUUUCACUAAUAGUUAUGUUAAGUAUUAAUUUUUAAAUUAUUAAGUACCUCUACACACAGGAAUAUUUGUGUUCUGUAUAUUUGCCCCACGUUGGGCGCCAUUUCUAGCCAGCAUGAAAGAUACAUUUGACCUUUUCCAAUAAAUCCUGUAUGAGAUUAAAACAAACCAAUUUUAAAAAUGUCUUUGGGAGAGGUACUUUUCCUCAAAUACUUUCUGUAACAUUAGAGUUAAUGAAACUCUAGUUGAUGGGUUAAUCUAUCAUAUUAUUAAUAACGUAAUUAAAAUAUAUUUUGCAUUCCUAUUUUGAUCCAUCUGAUUUCUCAAACUUAAAACUCAAGUGACACUUAAGAUUUUGUAUUUAUACUUGGCCAUUUCUUCCAAAUUAAAAAAAAUGAAUUUUCCAAUUUUUUGCAACUACUAACACCUAAAAGUACAAAUUCAAAAAAUAUUUUUGUUAUUAGUGCCUUUAUCAUCAAUUAAUAGUACAGACAUUACUACGAUUAAUGUGAGUUGUUAUGACUUAAUCUAAUCCUAUAGACUUCUUAUCAAGAUGAAUUUUUAAAUUUCUUUUCGAUGAAAUGUUUCGUCGAUUGGCUGCUAAUUGUUACGAAUCGAUCUGAUUUUCUACAGGUAGAUUUAGAAUUUUUAGAAAUUUUAAAUCGAAAAUGUGAUGAAAUCAUUCAUAUUGUCACUUCUGGUGUCUGUACCCAUCAUAUUUUCCUUUUCCAUGUUUCACAUAGAGUAUAAUGUGUAUAUAAUUUUAUCUAUUUUUUAACAUUCGAUCAUAUUUACUAACAUUGAAAAACAUUUUAGGCCAAUAAGCUAGUAAUGCUGCGUUGAAAUUAAUUUAGAAUAUAACUAUUGCUAUAUGUUAACCAAACUAAACCUAAUAGGCUAAUCCUGUUGUAAACGCCUAUUUAUUUUUGUAAAUUAUUCUUAACGCAGUGUUACCAACUUAUUAUAUAUUAAUUUUAGAUAGUUAUUAAUAAUUUUAGUAGACUAGGCAAUCUGGGUUGGGUGUUUUAUUUCAUAUUUCGUAAUUUAGGGUACAUGGUACAAAUCUUAGUUUAAGGGAAACAUCUUUCUCACAAAAAAAUAACUUAAACAGUACCUUAAAUGUUUUUGAGAUGUCAUUCAGAUGGGAAUACUGAGUUAUCACUGAUUGUUGACAUCACACAUAGAUUACAAGAUUUUUCUCUUUACUCAGGUUUAGUUUGGUGAUUGCCUAUUUUAGUUAGUUGUAACAAUAUUUUUUUCUAUAUUGUGAUUGGUAAUUGUUGGAGAAGGCAUACAUAAAGGUUAUUAAGGUACAAGUUUUCAUUUCGCACAGGUAAGAAAUAAAAUAUAUGCGCCAAAAUUUCAUUUUUGGACUGAUACUGAGUGAUACUAGAGGCUGUAAUAUAUUCACAGCCAAGAAAAAGCGCCCUAAAUGCAGGAACUGCGUUAUUGUCUUAGGCUGGCCACUCACUAUCUGGUACACCUGACAGGUACAGCUGAACGGUUACACAUGUCAGAUGUACCUGAUAGUGUGUGACAGGCCUUAGAUUUACGUGCCAAAAUCGUAAAAUAUUGAUAGAGAAAUUAGGAAGCAAGACUCAUCUUUGUUGGCGAGAAUCUUGAGUUAAUUGUUUAGGUCCGCUGUUUUUUGACCGUAAAUAGUUUACAGACCUGUAUUUGUUUAGUUUGUAUUAAUUUAAUCGGUGGUUUACAACAAAUGUGAUGUAUAUUGUAAAUAAAAAAGGUAUAGUGACGCUGCACAGCAAAAACACAUUGUCAAUUUAUGAAAAGUAAGGUAUGCGUGUGAAAAAAUCGAAGCAAGCACUUAAAGAGAUGAAAAUUUGUAGAAAUAUUGUGUAAAAACAUGUCUGUCUUCUUCGUUAUUGAAUUUCCAAAAUGUGUACCUGCAUGAAACCUCAUAAUACUUAUAUUUUUGCUCGAGAUAGCUGGCUGGCCAGAUCUCUUCAAAUGCAAGAAGAUAGUUCUAACUUGCCAGAAAUCGCACAUUCUAUAUACAGAUUGAAAGUAUGUAUUCUAAAUUUUUACAUGUGGUUAAAUUUAUAUCGUUAUUUUUCAAAAUUCAGUUUUAAAUCACUUAAUCAUCGAAAAAAGACUUUGAACGGCUAUGGUCUCGACUGCCAUGCUCUUAGAGGCUUAUAUAACUAAGGUAACAUUUGUUUAAAGUUUAAAUGGAACUAAUUUAAUCAAGGUAUCUGCUGGGCUGCUGCAAGAUUAGUGGCAGCAGUCCAUAUCUCUCGCUGUGUCUCAUGAUGUGACCGAGGUAUUCGAUUUUAGCUGUUUUUAUUGUGCUUAACAGCUCUUUUUCUUUUUGCAUUUUCAACAAAACACCCUGAUUAGUAUCCCUAUAGCGGAAACUAUUACACGUUUUCUACCUUCAUACUGUUUCGUGCUUAUUCGGAUUCACAAACUUUUGUAAUCAUUAAACUUUUCACUUUACAUGUCCAAAUGCAUUGUACUCAUACAAACAUUUAUAUUCAUCAUUAAAUGAUGAUUUGGACUGAUGACUAAACCAGAUAGUUAGCUUGGUUUUGGAAAUAUGGUAGUACUACUGUAAAACGUGCAAGUAUGAAACUAUGUGAUAAUAUAUGUGGCGACACGCUUUAAUUACUAUUUUUGCUAAUUUUAUUUUUUAAUAACUUUUCUCAAAACGGUCAUAUAAAUUCACAUCUAAUAUACAAACCAGAUGCUAAGAAGUUUUACGAAACGAAAUGUAUCCCUAACCAUAAUAUGUUUUUGGUGUGUUCAGUUUAACAAACUGAAUUCCCCAUAAAUUAAUUACCUUAUCAGACUUUAUGUCAACUUCUUAAAAUACAGAAAGGUUUCAACUUUUAAAACGUCAGAUGUAGUAAUUUAUUGCCUUUUCUAGCCAUAUUGUAGAAACACAAACAUAUUAGCGUUUGUGGUUUUUUUUUCAGCCACAGUCAGUUGAUACACAACCAUGGGUCGAUUUACAACCUCCCGUCGGCGGUCACAUCCCAGCGGGCGUCGGGAUAGACGUGGUACGUCAACAACACACCCUUUCGAGAUAUAAGCAAAACACGUUUUUUUAUCGACACAAAUAAAUAUAUUAUUGUUCAUUGUUUACACUUAUUUUUAAUUGAUUCCGUAACCUACCAUCGGAACGAAGUAGUUCAACACAGUACAGAAUUUGCGAUUUCGAGCAGUUGUUACCAAUCAUGAAUUUUAUUAAAAAAGGGAUUUAAAGAAAUAAAAAGGGCAUAUAUACAUAAUAUAGUGUACAUAGUCAUUAGAAAAUUAGUCAUCUACUUCACUUCUAACGUUACAUACUUCUCAUAGAUCUUUAUCAUAACUAAUUAUAUAAAAUAUUAUAAUCUAUACAAAGAUAAAUGUGACUCAAAUCAUAUAUUGUUGUUAUAGCAUGUUGUUAAUAUUGUUAAUGUUUGGAUACACAUCUCACCCGAAAUAUUUUAACUUGGCUGUCUAAUAUUUAACAUUUUUAAUCGUACAACCUAGUAAAAUAAGUUUUUACUAAUUUAUUAUAUAAUCGGUAGGUACAUUUCGAUACCAGUAUUUGAGGCAGUCCAUUCUAAAGUGACUAAACGUUUUUAAAAUGUAAUUAUAGCGAUCCUAUUGAAUUUUUUCUUAAAAAUGACAGUAUAGUUUUGUGUAUCGUUUUGUUUUCAGGCGUUGACAUAUGUCUUGCUUUCUCGUUUGGCUGGUUCUUCUUUUUGGGGGAUUCACUCAAUAACUAUUUGAUAUUCAUUCUUCCCAGUGCCUUCACUGACGUCAGUUAUUUCUAUUAAUCAUUCGAUAGUUGCAGGUAACGACAAACCUGAUACUUCUUAAUAACAAUUAUUAUUUUGGCACUUACAAUCAACAUCUCUUCUUAUUUUGUAUAGACAUGACUGUCUGUUUUUUUUUGUCAAUGUGCUUCCAGUAAGUUGUCGUUCCAUCGUUUUCGUGGUCUUCCCACUGAUCGUCUUCCUAUUGGGGAACCGUCUCUCGCCGUCCACUACUCUAUUUAUUGUAAUUCGGCUUAUGUGUUAUUUCAUUCUACUCUGUUUCUUACUCGGUUGUUAAUGUUCUCCACUUGUUCUUGCAUUUCUAGAUCUGUCCCAAUAGUGUCUUACCAUCGAUUUUUCGAAGGGUUUUCAUUUCUCUGUUGUUGCUAGCAAUAUUUUUGUUCCCUCUGCCAGGUCGAGUUUCUGACGCAUAUGUCAUUAUUGGUCUGAUGACUGUUUUGUAAAUUCUGCCUUUCAUUUCUUUUCUAUAUUUUUAUUUCUCCAUAUUUUUCAUUCAGACAACCUGCAGCUCUCUGUGCUCUUUGCUCAACAUUUGGGCAGCUUAAAUUUUUUAAAUGCCAUCUUAUCAAUGAGGAACGUGCAAUAAAUCUAAAUAGGGCCAUUUUAAAUUCCGUUUUUAUACUAAUGUCCUCCCAUUAUUAACAAAUCUACAAAUUGUCCUCUUAUUAUCUUACCCAUAUUUUUUAAUGCAACAGAAAUACAUUUUCACAUUUUCAGUUAGUACUGUUCACAGAUAGCUCCAUUGGUCCAACUUUAGAUGUGGGAUCUGGUCAUUUGUUGUUGUUAUUGCUAGUUUGAGGAAAAGACUAUCCAAUAAGCCAAAACAUCGAGAUGUAACUUUUCAUUUCAAAUACGUGGUUAAAUGCUCUACAGUAUGCAAAAAUACUUAAAAUAAAAUCGUAUGUCUUUGACAAGUCCUAUGCUUUUAAAAUUCUUUAUUCGGUCAAUAUCUAAAAUCAGACUAGGACUAAAAAUCUAAAAAUUAUACACCGAUAUAACUUAAUUCUAUGAAAUGCCAAUAGUGUCAAAAUUUCAUAAAUGUCAAUAGUGUCAAAAUUUCAUAACAGUUGAGUAAACUUGACUGCGGUUGGACCAAUUACAAACAAGCAUUACGGCGCGGUAAAUUUGAAUUAUUCCUCCUGGUUUAAAAACAAACCAUAGUAAUUAUAAACAUCCAAUAUGAAAGAAGUUAGUUUUGAAAUGGACCGCCUCUUGUACAAACAUUUAAAGAAUUAUUUCAGCAAUUAAUUAUUUGAGAUUUCUUCGCAGCUUAAAAAUAAAGAUUAUAAAUGUUAUAGUUUUAGUAACUGAAACGCAAAAAGUGCCUAUUUCUUUUAUAAAAUUGUUAAAACUCCCCACUGUUUCAAAUUUCCAACCCCAGUUUAGAACUUGAUGUUUUAAUGUCGUAUAGUAAAUAUUUGAAAUGAAGACUGUUUUUACAAGUGUUAAAUAUGUGUAUAAUGAAUUUAAGUACAUCAAUAUAGGUCAAUUGUUUAACAUACAUUCAGAUAUUUAAUGUUAACGAAAAUAUAUCGUCGUAUAGGGCUAUUCAACGCUUCUCAUUUGUUUAGUACACUUGACAUAUGACGUAUAAUAUAUAUGUACGUCAUACGUCAUUGGUAUAUAUCAAUUAUAUAUACCAAAAACGUCUGACGUAGAUAUAUACACGUCAUGUGUCAAGUGUAUUAAACAAAUGAGAAGCAAUGGAUAGUCUUAUUAACAGCGACAACCCUGCGAAGAAGUCACUGGGCAUUUUCGUUCUUAUUUUUAAGCUUCCAAGUUAAAACGUUGAGGUGACUAUAUACACAUUCAUAGUUUUAUCGUCUAAAUGUUUGUGAUGGCCAUAUAUUGACUUUAACAUAAAUAUAAGUAAUUGUAUUGUAAUUUUAUGGAACAAGCCCUGAAACAAGUUAUAUCUAAUGUUAUAAUACUACAACGGGUGACGUGUUAAUUAUAGUUGUUGCUUGAAACAUUUUCAGAUUAAUCGUUUCAUACUAAAAUACAGGACUGGCCAUUUUGUAAUUGACAAAGUCAUUGAAAAUUCAAGAUUAUGAUAAUAAAAUGGAAUAGGCAAAUCGUUUAAUAAAAACGAGUCAGUUAUUAACGAACAAUUACAUAGGAGCGUAGCAAGUUAUGAUUCUAAAGGAUGCAGUUAUGACAGUCUCGAAUGCCUCACUCACAAACUGACAUUCAACAGUUUUGGCUUAAACCUUUGUCCUAUCAGUAUGAUAUCAGUUUACUGCUUGUAUGUUACAAGGCGAUAUUACCAUAAGCAAUGUGGUUCUGGGUAUAAAAUAUUUACUAGUUUAGUGGAGAAGUUUGGCAAGUUAGAUCCCACGUUUGAUAUCGAAUUCUCCGGCCUCUGUGUUUAUUCCAAUAUUUGUUAAUAUCUCCAUCAGGUUGUCGUGCUUUUCUUUAUGGUAAUCAAUGAAGUAUGAUUCAAUGAAGUAUGCAUAGAUAUCCAAGUCUUUAUAUCCUCGUCACGUAAUAUAAAUGAAGACUCAUAGCCAAAUCACACUUCAAUCCAGUAUGAUCACAAUCAAGCAUCGACGCAUCGGCCAGCUCCGGGUAGGAGGCGGCCGAUGAACCACCAGGAGCUGGCAGCUACCGCUCACUGCGGUUACGGUCUCGCCGAAACGCCUCUUCACUACAGAGCGCUUCCACCUUGGCAGAGUUCCAAUUCAUUCCAUUGCAUAUCUGCCGUUUGAGUUCUUCCCGGUUCAGUACACCGCGAGAAACUGAUUACAUGAUUCUCCUUCCUCUUCUUAAUUACCCUCUCGGCUGCCCUACUUGGAUGCCUCGGAGUAGAAGUGGAAAUGAGUGAGAUUGCGCCGGUAUUGAAAUGCGUACGGUUGUCUUCGGACGAGCUGUUGAAUGCCGAGCGGAAGGAUAUCGUUACAGUAGUUAAUUACAAGAAAACUCCUGUAUUUAUCGUUAAAAUUCGUUAGAAUCGUUCAUUUCCAUGUAAAGUUCGUUAGAAAAUGGCCAGUUCAUUUCCAUGUAAAAUAAGUUCUUCGCAAAAAAUACUGUUGCUGUGAUAUUCACUUCUAUAAAGAAAUCGCAAGGGUCAGCUAAUUUGCAAAUAUUACUAAUAAAAAUUCAUAAUCUUUUUAUGAUAUAAAUAACAAUUAUGUGUUAUUUCAUUAAUUAGUCUUAAUUGGGUAUACCUAUACAAUUUAUCAUAAAAAUACUUUGGAACUAACAAUAAAACUGUAUUUAGAUAUAUAUUAAAAAUUGAUUCAUGAUGCUGUAUAUUAUAUAUUGAUGGUAUAUUUUUAUCCUUCGUUCUUUAACUAUGUACUUUAAUAUUUAUCUAGCCGAUGCUGCAGAAAAUUUCAAUAUAUUGGACUAUUAAAUUAUUAAACCUACAACACUCCUUAAGUAAAAAAUUGCAUGAGUAUCAUACUUAUGCGCUGAGGGCUAGUUGCGUUAAGACAGAUGAAUUUUAUCAUUGAAUAAUAUACCUAUAACAUUUUUUGGUUAUAUUUAAAAAUAAACAUGAAAGUGAAAUAUACACACAUACACAUUAUUAGGCAUUGCUUCUAAAAUAUAUAGGGAUACCUACAAUGUUAAACCAAAAUUUAAAAAAAAAUAUGGAAUAAGAGAAUUCUAUUCAAAUGGAUUUCUUAACUGAAUUCAAAGCAUAAGUACAGUAGAACCCCGUAAAUCCGAACCCCGCGAAUCUGAACUUUCGGCAAAUCCGAACCAACGGAAAGUAAAAAAAAUUUAAAAAUUCAAGACAAAAACAUGUUUAUUAUACAGAGUAAAGCCAGAAAAUUGGACAAUGUAGGAUUACUAGGACUUUGACAUUUAAAAUUUCUUAAAAAUAAAUAUUAUACUUUAAUACACAGGUUUAUAAAGGUUAAACACAAACUUACUUUGGUUCUCUAGUAGUCAACUUGAGUCCAAAAAUAUUGUCCAUACUGUUGCGAGAACGUUUGGCUACUCAAAAUCACAAUGAAAGCUUUGAACUACUAGUUAAGGCUAACUUUCGGAUAAUCCGAACUUUUCGGAAUCCGAACAGGCUGUCCCCCCAAUUAGUUCGGAUUUGCGGGGUUCUAUUGUAUAGCUGACCCGUGUGAUAAUAAGUAUCUGUGAGAGUAUAGUUCCCCAAAAGUGUGCGCUUUUCCAAAUUUUUUUCGUGAUAGCAAUAUUAGCUACAAUAUACCUCACUGUUUUAAUCAAUAUAAUCAUCUAACCAUAUUUUAAUUCGACCCAGAUUUCAACUCGCGUUCUGCUGGGAUACCUGGAUAAAAUCAGAAUGUCGACAUCAAAAAUAAUUCUGCACUUGUUAAAACGUUUAUCCACAAAGAUAUUACAUCUAAGAUAUUUUCGAUUCUGCAGAACCGAUAAUUUUGAUUUUAUCCGGUAGAGGCGAUAGAACAGUAAUUAAAACGAUUCUAAAAAAAGGUUUAUUCGUAGUAUGUACGAUCAGCAACCGUUUCCGACCAUCAGACGCAAGCGCAGUUAACAGUUAGCGAUGCGCAGUUAACAAUUAGCGUUCGUAGAAUACGAACGCGCAUGCGUCUACAUACCGGUCAUUAUGCAAGCAUAUUGUCCGGUAAUAAUGUAAUCUUGCACUGAAAUAGUGGUCUCUUUUUCAUUCGAGCUCGCGCAUUUCAGCGCUACUGGAAUAGUGUGGACUGUCAAUCCAGUGUCAACUGUCAAUCCAGUAAUUGAUUAACCUAUCUUUUGAAUGACUGGAAUCGCUUUUAUAGUUUUUGAAUGACUGGAAUAGUGUGUGAACAGCACUUGACUGGAUUUCUGGACUUUAAUAAUGUUAACCAGGUGUUAAGCUAUAUUUUUCUAUGCAAAUAAUUUGGAUCUCCGUAAUAUCCUCGUGAGAUAUGGUAUUCACAGUAGUUAAUUACUGUAUUUGAUAGUAUUUUAAUUACUGUUCUAAGAAGACACCCUGCUUCAUCGUUUCAUUACCCACGAUUAGUUGUAUGUCCAUCAGAUUUUUGUUAUACAUAAAAAAUGUUACUUGUAAAUAUUUUAUUUUUAUAUAUAGAUAUAUUAACACUCAUUUAAUGAUACAUGUUAUGUUCCAUUAAAUUUAUAUAUUUUAUUUGUUGGAAAAUCCUGGAAAAUAGAGGGAAAAUGUUGAUAUUUGCAUGUAAAGAAAAAGCGUUGAUGUUGAUAUAAAUGUUUAUUAUAUAUUAACGGGCCUAUAUAUAAAUGACGAUAAACAUUUGAUAUGUUAACUGGUCAUAUAAUUACUAGGUAGGCACUUGAGGAUUCACUGUUUUAUAUUAAAAUUUUAAAAAGCAGGGCAUUAUCUGCUUUGUUGCUGUGAAUAGUUUAAUUCGGCAUAUUUAAAUUCAUCUUGUCGACUAAUUGUUCAAAUACUUCUAUUACAUGGUGGAAAAAAAUCUGUAUUGGAGAAACGUUCCACCAAAUGACGUAUCCCGAAAUUUAGGCCAUAUUUACUGUUACUUUCAAUAGGGCUAUUCAUCUCUGCCAUUUUUUUCGAACACUUGAUUUAUGACGUAUACGUCAUACGUCAUUCGUAUCUAUAAUUAGUAUAUUAUACGUCAUAGAUUGUGUUCGAAAAAAAUGGCGGUGAUGGAUAGCCCUAUGCAUAAAUCUUCCAAUAAGUUAGAAAGCUAGUAGAUAGAUCAAGCAUAUAGAAAUAGGGCUUUUCAUCGACUGUCAUUUGUUUCGAGCUUCUGUCAUGUGUCACAUAAUAUUAAUAUAUCUACGCCAUACGUCUUUGGUUUGUAUCGUUGGUAUAUAUCAAUAACGUAUGACGUAGAUAUAUUAAUAUUAUGUGACACAUGACAGAAGCUCGAAACAAAUGACUGUGAAUGAAAAGCCCUAUAUAAAUGGUUUGCCUAACACCGCUGUUUUAGAUUUGAAGUAGUGGAAACCAAAGUUGUGUCACAUGAUUAGAAUUUCCGUAAAAGUAUUUAUAACGAUUGUUCCUUAAGACUGUUCUAAUGAAAGUAGUAGCGCAAAAUAACUAAACGCUUCUAAGAAACUCAAGAAUGCUAUUCAUUGCCGCCAUUUUUCUCGUACAUUUGACGUGCAAUAUGUAUACGUCAUAUGUCAUUGGUAUGUACCGAAGACGUAUGACGUAUAUUGUACGUCAUACGUCAUACAGUCACUCACUCUGUCAUAAAAAGUAAAUUUAUAUAAAAAUAAAUUAUUCCAUAUGUUCUCUAAUCGACAUGAAUCUUAUUUUUCCCUUUUUAAUUAUUCUGGACUCUUUAAUGUGUUCGCUGAAAUAAUUUUAUCCCCACUCCCGACUAAAUAUGACAUUGCAUUAUUUUUGGCCAGCCAUAGUUCCUGACUAUCCCCUCCAGUGGAUUCAACUAUUCUCAUAUUGACCUCAAAUGGAUCAGAAACUAAUAUUGUGAUAUAUUUGGAAAAACUAAAAAGAUCGAUGAAAAUGAAGUGGUUGUUGAGAUGAAUUUAAACAGCCAGUAUGUGUAAAAAGCACGGGUCAAAUAGAAAUGUGUGAUAAUAAUUCUGCUUUGUGUUAUUAAGUUUGUUGUUUUAUGUAAAUAUUAAUUUUUCUUUACGUUAAAAUGGAUAAAAUACUAGGGAUCUAAAAUAUAAUGUAAAUUAGCAUAUCUUAUGGUACAAUUUACUAUUCAUGCUUCAUUCAUUCAUGCUAUUCUUUAACUUUAGAGCAUUCCACAAUGAUCUAUUAAAAUCUAGAUGUCACACGAAGAACUGGAAUUUUCCAAGAGUAUCGAACAACAAAAUAUCCAAAUGUAACCUCAAAAUAGUAUCAUUCGCUUAUACAGAACAAUGCUAUAAUAUGAUCCUUGCUACAUAAACUCACUAAUUACAGUUAAGGGGGGAAGGGUAUGGUUUGAAAUCAACAUUUCGAGCCCAUUUUUGUGAAUUAUUUAGAGUUAGUGUUACCUCACGAAAUAUCUAAAGAAAGUCUGUGCAAAAUUUCAGGUGAAUCGGUAAAAUAGUUUUGGAGUUACAAUAUCUACCACCUUUGAAAAAAGCAGUUUUGAGAAAAAUGCUUUCAAAGUUUUGAAAACUUUAUUUUCAAUUUUAUUUUUGUCUGUUAAAUCGUAAAGUGAUGCACACCGAAAUAUGUUUUUGAAUCGCGGAGUAAUUUACAAAAGGGGAACAGCUGUUGAACGUUUCUAACUACGCUCAAGCACGCUGUAGCGAAGCUGCCGCAAAGCGAGUCGAAGGUAGGGAUAUUCACUUACUUUAUCUCUGGUAAUUUUACUCCAAUCAAUCUGAAAUUUUCAGAGAGUAGUCUUAAAGUUAAUUUUAAAAUUUCAAACCGUUUCAACCUCCCCCCUUAAUCACAAAACCUUCAACUGUGUUAUUCACUUCACUUCAAAUAGAGUUAUAGCUAUAACACUGUAUUGGAAAGAUUCAUACUCUAUGUAAUGUCAGGUUUUACUAGUUCAUAAAUAUUAUUAAAAGCGCUUAAAAUUUCAGCUAGAUGGACGAAUUUUAACUUUUUUAGAUCCCUAGUUUUUCCAAAUUUUUACGUGCUAUAUUUUUCUUGCGUACGAUAUACCUCCUCGCACAUUAUAGGUACUGAGGGGAAGGUUAACAUCCCUAUGGUCUAAAUUACUUAUAAAAUUAAUAUAUAUCAUAACGAAAGGUUGUAUGUGAGCUGACAAUACUAAAAAGUUUGUGCGAGGUGAUAUUUUCUACGCGUAUGAACCAGUUAUUACUUACUAUAUUAUUACAUAAAAUUUUCACCAGCAAUGGUUACCAACUUUGCACACUUUUCUUAUCAUUUUUGCAAAAUCUAUUGGCAAAUGAGAUAUUCAAAAUUAUUAUAUAAAAAAAAGAAACAAUAAUAUUGAAUAUCACUUGACAUAUUUUUUGAUAGAUUUUAUUUCUCCAUAUCAUUUUUGUUUAGGUAGAUAGCCGGGUAUAUAUAAAUAUAUUGUUAAACACAUUAAAAUUUCAAUAAAAUCAUAGUGCCAUAUAA